AUGGGUCGAAUAAAACACAAGAAGGAAGAUUAUAUGGAGGCACUGGAAUUCUAUAGAAAGGCGCUUGAAAUUCAACAAAAAUCUCUUCCUUCAAAUCAUCCAGAUUUUGCCGGUACCUACAAUAACAUGGGUUCAGUGUAUGGCAAUAUGGGAGAGUACUCAAAAGCGCUCGAUUUCUAUCGAAAGACGCUUGAAAUUCAACAAGAUUUGCUUCCUUCAAAUCAUCAAAAUUUGGUUACUACCUACAAUAACAUUGGUUUGGCACACAAAAACAUGAAAGAACAUCCCAGAGCACUUGAGUUUUAUCAAAAGGCACUUGAAAUCCAACAAAAAUCUCUUCCUUCAAAUCAUCGAGAUUUUGCUACUACCUACAACAAUAUAGCUUCGGCCCAUUACAACAUGAAUGAAUACUCGAACGCACUCUCGUUCUAUAAAAAAGCGCUUAAAAUUUACCAAAAGUCUUUUCCUCAGGAUCAUUCAUAUUUAGCUACUAUCCACCACAAUAUCGGUUCGGUGCAUAAAGAUAUGGGAGACUACUCGAAAGCACUCGAAUACUUUCAAACGGCACUUGAAAUCAGAGAAAAAUCUCUUCCUUUAAAUCAUCCAGAUAUGGCUACUAUCUAUAGCAGCAUGGGUUUGGUGUAUGUCAAAAUGGAACAAUAUUCGAAAGCACUUGAGUUCUAUCAAAAGGCACUUGAUAUACAACAAAAGUCUCUUUCUCCGGAUGAUCCCAAUUUGGCUAUUACCUAUCACAACAUUGCUUCGACGUAUUACACCAUGGAAGAAUACUUAAAAGUACUCGAAUUCUUCAACAAGACACUUGAAAUCCAACAAAAAUUUCUCCCUUCGAAUCAUCCAGAUAUGGCUGCUUUGUAUUACUACAUCGGUUUAGUGUAUCACCAUAUGAAAGAAGACUCGAUAGCACUCUCAUUUUUCGAACGUGCUGUAGAAAUUGGACAAAUUUCACUGCCUGAAAAUCAUUCUAAUCUUGAAUUGUACCGAAAAGACCUUUACAAAUUACAACAUGAAUUAUGA